GGAGCGCGCCGCCCCGGUGCUCGCCCUCCCUCCCCGCCCCCCCCAGCGGCACUGCCUCCUCCAAAUGAGCGAUUCGCCCGCUGGAUCUAACCCAAGGACACCCGAAAGCAGCGGCAGCGGCAGCGGCGGCGGCGGGAAGAGGCCGGCAGUGUCCCUCCUGCCCCCGGCGGACCCCCUGCGCCAGGCGAACCGGCUCCCGAUCCGGGUCCUGAAGAUGCUGAGCGCGCACACCGGGCACCUCCUGCACCCGGAGUACCUGCAGCCGCUGUCCUCCACUCCCGUCAGCCCCAUCGAGCUCUCCUUCCGAGUCUGCCCUUCGAAUCUGCGUUUUCUCUCGGGUUGGAUUUGCUCUUGGCGUCUCCACUGGGCCCUUGACUUUUUCUCUGGCACCCAGUUUCCAGCCCAGAGGGCGCACGACGCCCAGGCUCUCCAGAUCCCGGGCCUUUCUUCCUCCCACUUCCUUGGGUGCCCUCCCCGAGAGGGAGGGGCUACUGAGAGCGCCGACUGCAGCCCCUCCUUGGAAUCCGCUUCUCGCUCUUGCCCCACGGCGCCAUCGCCAGAAACCCGUCCCAAGCCCACAGCCGGACCCUACUACUCGCCAUAUGCGCUGUACGGACAGAGACUCGCGUCAGCCUCGGCUCUGGGAUACCAGUAACUCCAGCUCUGCCUCCCGCCCCGGCCUCCGCCCCUCCCCCGCCUUCCCGCCUUCCCCCCCCUCCUUCCUCCCCCAGCCGCCGCCGCCGCCGCCGCCUCUACUGCUCGUACCGCCGGGAUUCCCGCCCAGACCCUGCCCACCGGACUGUGUAUUUAUUUACUGUAACGUUAGCUUCCAAGCUGGGAAUAGAAGUGCAUUAACGGCCCACACGAGUCAAUGGUAUGCAAAAAGUCUGUGUUCCCCAAAUAAUAAUAUUAAUCACACAAAUAACGACAUGACCCCGCCCCUCUUCCUUUCUAAUUUUUUCCCCUUAGGUAGAGGUUUUAAUUUUUUAUUCCUUUUCCUCU